AUGGCCAUAUUAUAUAGGGCAGGGUGCCAACUCUUCUGUACAUUUAUUGUAUUCGCUGGCCUUUUUCUUGUGCCUUCCACUUCCCUUCCUUAUGCUCGUAGAGUCAUAGGACUGAACAAUCAUGCACUUCCCUCUGAUUCUUCUUCAUCUGUACAAUAUGAUGUCAAAUACUUCACCCAAACUUUGGACCAUUUCAGUUUCACACCUCAAAGCUAUGUUACUUUUCAACAGAAGUAUCUCAUCAACUCAAAACACUGGGGUGGUGCUUCAUCCAAUUCUCCAAUCUUCAUUUAUACAGGAAAUGAAGGAUAUAUUGAAUGGUUUACUCAAAACACCGGCUUUAUGUUCGACAUUGCACCUCAAUUCAAGGCUCUUCUCGUCUUCAUUGAGCACCGUUACUAUGGCGAAUCAAUGCCAUUCGGGAGUCAAGAUGUAGCUUACAGCAAUGCCACCACAAUGGGCUAUCUGAGCUCCUCUCAAGCUUUGGCUGAUUUUGCUAUAUUGAUUACAGAUCUCAAAAAGAAUUUGACAGCAGAGGAUUCACCAGUGGUUGUGUUUGGAGGAUCUUACGGUGGAAUGUUAGCGGCGUGGUUCAGACUGAAGUACCCACACAUUGCAAUUGGGGCAUUGGCAUCGUCUGCUCCGAUCUUGGCUUUUGAUUACAUUGUAAAUCCAGAUGGUUUCGACAACAUCGUCUCAAACGACUUUAGGAGUGAAAGCGAAAAUUGCUACAAUGUAAUAAAGAAGUCAUGGAAGAUAUUGGAAGAGAUGUCAUCAACUCCAAGCGGAAGAAAAUCUCUCAAAGAAUCUUUCAGACUUUGCAAAGACAGUGACGUUGAUGGUGUGGAAGGGUGGCUGAGUGGAGCUUACUUUGAAGCUGCAGAGACAGAUUAUCCAACCCCUGCUAACUUUAUUCAAAAUUUGCCAGCCUAUCCAGUGAAACAAAUGUGUAAAGCAAUAGACAAUCCAUCUAGUGAGAAAAAUAUCCUAAGCCAACUAUAUGGAGCAGCAAACAUAUAUUAUAACUACACUGGGAACUUGAGUUGCUUUGAUUUGGGAUUCGGUGAUCCCCAUGGAGAAAGUGGUUGGGGUUUUCAGUAUUGUACAGAGAUGGUAAUGCCAAUGGGUGAUGAUCCAAUAGAAAGUAUGUUUCCUGGAUACACAUUCAACUAUACAGAGACAAUGCAAGGUUGUGCAUAUGCAAAUGGAAUUGAACCAAGGCCACAUUGGAUCACCACUGAAUUUGGUGGUCAUAAUAUCAAGAGGGUACUUAAGCGAUUUGGUAGCAAUAUAAUAUUUUUUAAUGGAUUGAGAGAUCCUUGGAGCAAUGGAGGGGUAUUAGAAGAUAUAAAUGAAAGCAUUGUGGCAAUCAUUGCUAAGGAAGGGGCACAUCAUGUAGAUCUUAGAUUUGCAACCAUGGACGAUCCAAAAUGGCUUAUACAAGUUCGAAAGAAGGAGAUUGGCAUAAUAAAAAGGUGGAUAAUGCAAUAUUACAAGGACCUUCAUACAACUUAG